AUGGCAGCCCGACUGCCAGCCCGCUGGGCAGCAGCCCUGACGCCCACCUCGUCCGUCCUCACAUCCCGCAUCCUCAUUACACCGAACCGCACAUUACUGCCACGGACAGCCAAGCGUGGCGUCAAAUACGGCUGGUCAACUGCGCCUCCACGGGGCAAACCCACACGAUUCAACCAGGUGUCCGCCGGGCUCCCCGUUUCCUUAACAGGCCCCGCGGCUGCGCUGAAGCGUAAAGCGCAAUCCACACCACUCCGGACCGGUCUCAUGGCAGUCAAGAAGGGUGUGUCGGCCAUGUUCGAUGUGAAGAAGGGAACGCGGACGCCGUGUACAAUUCUCCAGGUCGAUCAGUGCCAAGUAGUGGCCUCCAAAACGCGCGCAAAGAACGGCUAUUGGGCUGUACAGGUCGGAUGCGGUUCAAAGACUCCUGGCAACACGACGGCGCCCCAGCUAGGAUACUACGAGGCUAAGGGCAUUGCGCCGAAGCGGCACCUUACCGAAUUCAGGGUUCGUGGUGAGGAGGGCUUACUACCUGUCGGUGUACAGCUCACGCCCGACUGGUUCAAGGUCGGCCAGUUCGUCGACGCCCGCAGCAAUAGCCGUGGUAUGGGCUUCGCCGGUGGUAUGAAGCGACACGGCUUCGCUGGUCAGGAGGCCAGUCACGGUAACUCCAAGAAUCACAGGACCAUCGGUUCCGUGGGCCCCAGUCAGGGCGGUGGUUCACGUGUGCAUCCGGGCAAGAAGAUGCCUGGUCGCAUGGGUAAUGAGCGGGUCACGGUGCAGAAUCUCCGUGUGCUCAAAACCGACAACAAACUCGGCCUUGUGGUUAUCAAGGGCCACGUUGCGGGGCCUAAGGGCUGCAUCGUCAAGAUAUCGGACGCCGUCAAGAAAGAACCCCCUGUUGAGACAUUCAUGGAGAAGGCGAAGCGUCUCAUGUUGGAGCGCAAUAUCGGGCAUGAGGAGCGGCUGGAGCAAGCGAGGUUAGCGCAUAUGGAUCUAAAGGAGAUGAGGAAGAGUUUGCACGAGGCAGUGUUAUAA